AAAAGAAUCCGAACUACACCACCAACAACCAAGCCAAAAAAAACCCCCCCAUCCAUCAAUCCAUUCACCCACCAUGCCCCCAACCCACCUCCUACAAACCCGCGACUCCGACUCCGACUCCAAUUUCGAAACCUACCGCCUCAUAAUCCUCAUCUUCGCUAUCAUAGUCCUCAUAACAUCCAUCCUAAGCUCAAUUUUCGUCUACCGCGCUCGAACAAAAAUGCUCGAAAGAAGGAAAGCUUUGGGAUGUCAUUGCUACGAUGAUCUCAGUGCUUGUUGGACUCCUUGGUGGUAUUGGGCUUUGGCCAGAUGUACUUGUGAUGAUGGUGGAGUGAAAGGAAAUGGCAAUAAUGGGAAUAAUGAUGUGCCGUUGACGACGUAUCAACGGACGUCGCUUCCGACGUAUCAGCAGAGUCAGGAGGAACGGGGACGGUAUGGGGUGCCGGUGAAACGGGAUGCGGGGAGGGAGGGGUCGUGAGUGGGUUUGAAGGACUUUUUCUUCUUCUUCUUCUUUUGUUUGGAUGGUUUUGUGGUGUUGUUGUUGUUGUGUUUUUUCCAACUUUCUUGUCACUGUAGACAUAUUCGCCAAGGUCACCCGGUAUCUUCUGGAUGCUCUAGGAAAUCGAUCGCUGAGCCACCCAUUGCACCCAAACACACAACAAGACAUG